AUGGCCUUCCUGUUCGCCACGCCCGUCGACAUCGACGUCGUGCUCGACGCCGCCGAUGCCCGCGAUGCCGUCGACCUCAAGCUCGACGCCGCCCGCCGCGAGCGCGUGCCGCUGUACCUCGACGGCGAGACCGUUGCCGGCGCCGUCACCGUGCGCCCCAAGGACGGCCGCCGUCUCGAGCACGCCGGCAUCAAGGUGCAGCUCAUCGGCGUGAUAGAGAUGCUCUUCGACCGCGGCGCCCAGCACGAGUUCCUCUCGCUCGCCCACGAGCUCGCCGCGCCCGGCGAGCUGCAGCACCCGCGCACCUUCACCUUCGCCUUCCGCAACGUCGAGAAGCCGUUCGAGUCGUACCGCGGGCUCAACGUGCGCCUGCGCUACCUCGUGCGCGCCACCGUCGCCCGCCGCCUGGCCGACGUCGUGCGCGAAAAGGAGCUGUGGGUGCACGCCUUCCGCUGCCCGCCCGACGCCAACAGCCCCAUCAAGAUGGACGUCGGCAUCGAGGACUGCCUGCACAUCGAGUUCGAGUACUCCAAGUCCAAGUACCACCUGCAGGACGUCAUCGUCGGCCGCAUCUACUUCCUGCUCGUCCGCCUCAAGAUCCGCCACAUGGAGCUGUCCAUCAUCCGCCGCGAGACCACCGGCGCCCCGCCCAACCAGUACAACGAGAGCGAGACCCUCGUCCGCUUCGAGAUCAUGGACGGCUCGCCCUCGCGUGGCGAAACCAUCCCCAUCCGCCUGUUCCUGGGCGGCUUCGACCUCACGCCGACCUUCCGCGACGUCAACAAGAAGUUCUCGACGCGUUACUACCUCAGCCUAGUGCUCAUCGAUGAAGGCACGUUCCCAUCCCGCCCGUCCCAUCCCGCAUCCCAUCCCACCUGA